AUGAAAGGAGGACGGAUCGAUGAUAACAUUGACAAACAUGUGGCGAUUUUGGCGUUUCCGUUUGGAACGCAUGCGCCUCCACUUGUUAGCCUAGUUAGAAGAAUUGCAGCCGAAUCUCCUACGGUUACAUUUUCAUUCUUCAGCACCGAAAAAUCAAAUGCUGGCUUAUUUUUUGGCACGGCUAUUCAGCUUUUUAUUCAAGCAAUGCCGGAGAAUUUUAAGAAUGCUAUUGAUGUGGCUGUGACGGAGACGGGGAAGAACAUUACUUGUUUGGUUACUGAUGCUUUUUAUUGGUUUGGCGCGGAUUUGGCUGAGGAAAUGAAUGCCAAAUGGGUUCCUCUUUGGACUGCAGGAGCUCAUUCUCUCCUUACACAUGUCUUCACAGAUCUUAUCAGAGAAAAGCUAGGAGACAAUAGAGAAAAUGAUGUCAAAAAUGUCGAUUUCCUUCCUGGUUUUCCGGAGCUAGAGGUUUCUGAUUUGCCCGAAGGGGUAAUAGAUGAUAUUAAUGGACCAUUUGCAACAAUGUUACACAAAAUGGGACUAGCGUUACCGCGAGCAACUGCAGUUCCUAUAAACUCAUUUGCUUCAAUACACACUGUUAUUGAGAGUAAGCUGGAGGCCAAGUUCAAAUUGCUGUUAAAUGUUGGUCCAUUCAUCUUGACAACACCGCAACGUAUGGUGCCUGACGAACACGGUUGCUUACCAUGGUUGAACAAAUACGAGAAUCACUCAGUAGUGUAUAUAAGCUUUGGAAGCACGAUAACACCCCCGCCUCACGAGCUCGCUGCAUUGGCGGAGUCUUUAGAAGAAUGUGGAUAUCCAUUUAUUUGGGCCUUUAAGGGUAAUCCGGAGGAAAAAUUGCCAAGCGGGUUUGCAGAAAGAACAAAAACAAAUGGAAAAAUCGUCGCAUGGGCUCCUCAAAUAGACAUCCUUAAACACUCAUCGGUCGGUGUUUGUUUCACACAUUCUGGCUGGAAUUCGGUGUUGGAUUGUAUUGUUGGUGGUGUACCGAUGAUUAGUAGACCAUUUUUCGGAGAUCAAAGAUUGAAUGCAAGAAUGCUAGAUAGUGUUUGGCACAUUGGUGUAGGUGUUGACAAUGGUGUCUUGACUAAAGAAUCAACUAUGAAAGCUUUAAAGUUGACUAUGUCAAGUGAGACAGGGAACAUAAUGAGGCAGAAAAUUGCAAAACUUAAAGAAGCUGCAUUGCAAGCUGUUGAACGAAAUGGUAGUUCUUCAACAAAUUUCAAUACUUUGAUAAAAAUUAUCACUACUUAA